CUCCAGACGCAGUUGCAGAAAGCGUCAGUUCAAGUUUAAACAUUAAACAGUAGAAAAACAAAAAAAAAAAACCAAAAAAUCAAAAUGAAAUUCGCAAUUGUUAUCGUUGUUCUUGCUUUGGCUUACACCGCGCACGCUUCAGUGAUUGGCAGUCCCUUGGCUCUCGGCGUACAUACAGCUGCUGUUGCUCCAAUUGCUGCUGCCAUUCCUGCUGCCGUCCCAAUUGCUGCUGGCCCAGCUUUGUUAGCAAAGGGUGCUGUGGUAGGUGCACCAGCUAUCGGUCUUGGCGGUAUUGGCCUUGGUGGUAUUGGUCUUGGCGGUCUUGGUCUUGGUCUUGGACUCGGUGGUCAUGGUCUCGGUCUCGGUCUUGGUGGUCAUGGACUCCUCUGAAUGUCCACUUAAUAUGUUAAUGUUAUAAUGUAGCGUAAGAUAAUCCUGCACAUUGGCUGCCGACACUAUCUACUGUUAAUAUAGACAAAAAAAAUGGACAAAAGCGAUUUUGUUUAAAAAAAAUUAAAAAAAAAA